AUGUUAACUGCGUCGCGCAUCAACCGAGUGACUCUCACCCCUUCGGUCAGAAAUGAACUCUCUCAUGAUUCUACUGCUCAUUCACUCCUUUCACCCCACCUUCACCCACGCAGAGGAGGCGAUUGGAAGGUUGCAGUUCAGCUUUUUCUUUCACAGCGUCGAUGGCAGACUUCCCAGUGGGCAAAGUUGCGAUCCUUGGCCCGACCAAAACUGCGAUAUCUACCUCAAAAUUUGCAUCAAGAGUCCAGGAGUGGAGUAAGUGAAUCAUGUGAUAUGCUCGACAAACAGACACAAUUAUGGGUCGAUGCACAAGUCGGCCAGAAUGCUGUCAGUUUUCCUCUGAAAUACCCCAUUCCAUCAUGUGAUCGUUUUAUCGGUCGCUCAUCUGAUGAACAUGGAACGCAAAAGGGUCACUACUUUCGGCAAGUUCCAAUUUGGCAUCUCCAUCAUAAUCCCCUCUCUGAUCACUUAGCCCUGACGCUUUUGCUAAUCUCCUUCACCAUUCGCUUCCACUCCCUCCACCUUUCCUUUCUUCAGCUUUCAUGCCUCAGCGACUAUCCAACUCACCUCUCCACCUCAACUCUUGACACCCCAUUUGACCGUUCUGUUAAGCCAUUGCAUUCAUUGGAUAUGACGAGGUUAGACGUGAUUGUCGAGGCCUGGGAACACGACUCGGUGACUAGCUCUGAUCGGAUGGCCAUUUUUCGAGGCCAACUGAUCGUUGCCGAAACUCCAAACACGGCAUCGAUAUUCGAAAUGAAGAGAGAUGACGUUGGUUACGUAAACAACUUUAGAUUACCAGGUGGGGCGAUUGUUUACUAUAAGCCUUCGAGCAAUUAA